AACAAGUGAAAGAUGGGAGUAGACAGCACCGGCAUGGCGACGACGGCGGGGAAGAAGAGAAGGGGAUGUUUAUGCAACAAGGACGACUUCUUGCCUGAAGAGUCCUUCAAGAGCUGGGAAACCUAUGGGAAGGCGCUGGGCGAGACGGUGAUGCGUCUACGGGAUCGGCUCACAUCGCGAUCUCUCGAGCAAACCGAGCUCACGGAGGUGCGUGCACGAAGCGGACACGAGAUGAAGAGGAACCUAUCAUGGUGGGAUCUCAUCUGGUUUGGGAUCGGAGCCGUGAUUGGCGCCGGGAUCUUCGUGCUCACCGGCCAGGAAGCAAAGACCGAGGCUGGCCCCGCCGUGGUUCUCUCCUUCGUUGUUUCUGGGAUCUCGGCGAUGCUUUCCGUCUUUUGUUAUACUGAGUUCGCGGUUGAGAUCCCUGUCGCUGGUGGCUCAUUUGCUUACCUACGAGUGGAGCUUGGAGACUUUAUGGCAUUUAUCGCGGCAGGCAACAUCCUUUUGGAAUACGUGAUCGGCGGUGCGGCCGUGGCUCGCUCUUGGACCUCAUACUUCGCAACGCUUCUCAACCAUGAGCCGAACGAUUUCCGUAUCCACGCCACAAGCCUCGCUGCAGACUACAGCCGACUCGACCCCAUCGCAGUGGCAGUUAUCACGAUCAUCUGCGCCGUGGCCGUCAUCAGCACCAAGGCCACCUCCCGCUUCAAUUACAUCGCCUCCAUAGUCCACAUCCUCAUCAUCAUCUUCAUAGUUGUUGCAGGUCUAACCAAAGCCAAAGUUGACAACCUCACACCAUUCACACCAUUCGGCGCCCGCGGAAUAUUCAGUGCCUCGGCAGUUCUCUUCUUCGCUUACGUUGGUUUCGACGCGGUCUCAACAAUGGCUGAAGAAACCAAGAACCCAGCCAAAGACAUCCCGAUUGGUCUCGUCGGUGCAAUGUCAAUCACAACCCUCGCAUAUUGCCUUCUUGCACUGACUCUUUGUCUAAUGCAACCUUAUCAAAAGAUCGACGCCGACGCGCCGUUCUCGGUCGCAUUCCAAGCUGUGGGAAUGGAUUGGGCCAAGUACAUUGUGGCGUUUGGUGCUCUAAAAGGGAUGACCACUGUGUUGCUUGUGUCAGCCGUUGGUCAAGCUCGCUACUUGACGCACAUUGCUCGCACGCACAUGGUGCCGCCGUGGUUUGCCAAUGUGCACGAGCGCACCGGCACUCCUAUCAACGCUACUGUCGUCAUGCUUAUUGCCACUGCUGUUAUUGCAUUCUUUACGAGCUUGGGUAUUCUCUCAAACUUGCUAUCUAUUUCCACUCUCUUCAUUUUCAUGCUGGUUGCUGUUGCACUGCUCGUUCGUCGGUAUUAUGUAAGUGGAGAGACAUCGGUUGUGAAUCGAAAUAAGUUAGUGGUAUGUUUGGUGCUGAUUUUGGGGUCAUCCGUGGCGACGGCGAUGUACUGGGGGUUGAGUAAGAAAGGGUGGGUGGCCUAUGUGGUGACGGUGCCAAUGUGGUUCUUGGCAACGCUGUAUUUGGCCGUGUUUGUGCCCAAGGCGAGAGCACCCAAGCUUUGGGGUGUUCCCUUGGUGCCUUGGUUGCCGUCGGCCUCUAUUGCGAUUAAUAUUUUUCUUCUUGGAUCGAUUGAUGCGAAAUCAUUCAUGAGGUUUGGAGCAUGGACUGUGUUCUUGUUGGUUUAUUAUUUCUUUAUUGGGCUUCAUGCUUCCUAUGAUACUGCGAAGGGGUCAGAGAUGGUGGAGAAGGUAAAGGGUUUGGAGGAGGGGAGUGGUGGUGGUGGUGGUGGUGAUGGGGAGAGUGGUAAAAGGGGUGGGAAUUAGUGAUGAUGAUGAUAUCAUAAUAAAGAUUGAGAUUGUGUUAGAAGGGGUAUGUAUAUGUUGCAUGUUAGCAUUUGUAUGGAAAUUGGAAUAUUAUGGGCGCUUCAAGUAAAAUUUUUGAAUAUUGAAAGGUUUA